AUGGCCCCUACCAGUGCUAGUAAUCAAUUACUCCCGCCAAAGGCUCGCUUGGAGACGUCAUAUGCGUUCUCUCGUACAUUCAACUCCCGUAACAUGGAAUUCUAUUGGUACCCACUGUGGUGUCAGACACUCUUCGAUCUUGUGGCAGAUGUGCCGAAUUUGAUUGUGGCGCCUCAAUUUCCAGUUUGGAUUGUAAAGCAGAAUGACCAGCUUGAAGGUGCGAAUGACGGUGAUGAUCCUGAGGAGGUGGAAGAAUGGGUAGCCCAGGCAGCCUCAGAGGGUGUUGCAGCAGGCACCCAGGUCCCUGCUAACAACCAAGAAGAACUUGAAGAAGGAGACCAUGAGGCUGACUCGGAGGUUGGGAACAUGUCUUUCGCAUCGACGGUCCUGGAAAAGGAUGCUGAGAGCGUUCUGGUGGAUUUUGGGAUCGUCCAUCUCAUAGCCGUGCCUCAAGCACAAGAGAAGCCUCGCUAUGGAGGGUGGAGAAUAACUGCAGCAAGUGCUUGCCUUCUCGUAGAAGUGAAGAGGUUUGUGAGUAGAAGUCUGAAGGAUAAGGAGCUGGACGCAGAGAUUCGAACGCAUAUUCAGGAGGCUAGAAUGGACCUGAUAUCACAAGCAGGACAUCUCUUUAUUCAAGAUAAAACCAAGCAAUCCGUCAUGGCCAUCGCCGCCGCAGGUCCAUACUGGAGUGGUACCACAAUUCAUCGUGGCGAUGUUGAACGUACUAUGCAUCAGAUCUCAAGCUACGACCCGAGCUAUCGACCCCCUGGUGAAAACCUCGUUGACCAGAGGCCGAAGUGGAACAAGAUUCUUCGCCUUGAUGGCGCAUCAUCCACGGCAGCUUCUGAAGCCCGCUUACCAUCAGGAAAAAUCCAGAUGAGAAUAUAG